AUCAGUGGGAAGUCGAGGCAAGUCGCUCGCUCAGGCAGGAGGCAGCAGGAGGCAGGCACGCAGGCAGGCAGGCAGGCAGGCGCUGCUGGUGGUGGUCGCGCGCGGUUGCGUCGUAAGGGAGGGCGAGAAGAGUCGGGAGGCGCUCUGUGUCUCUCCUCGCUCUUCUUUUCUUGCACCUUCUCUCUCGUCGUCGUGCGUCGUCCGCUGAUCUCUCCGAUUCUCUGCUUUUCUCUUCUAUUGCGGGCAAUUCGAUCGUCGGUCGCGUUCCUCGAUUCUUCUCCUGCUUGUGCAAGCAAGCUUCGCGUUCGGCCACCAUGUCUACGGUCCUUCAAGACCUGUUGAACUUGAAACUGGAGGAGGUCACCACCUCUAUCAUCGCCGAGUACAUCUGGAUCGGGGGAUCAGGCUUAGACAUUCGCAGCAAAGCACGGACGCUUCCUGGACCAGUGAAGACCCCUCAAGAACUUCCGAAAUGGAAUUACGACGGAUCGAGCACUGGACAAGCUCCGGGAGAAGACAGUGAAGUUAUAUUAUAUCCACAAGCUAUCUUCAGGGACCCGUUCAGGAGGGGAAAUAACAUCCUGGUCAUCUGUGAUUGCUACACCCCGCAAGGUGUGCCUAUUCCUACUAAUAAACGGGCUGCGGCAGCUGAAAUUUUCGACAAGCCCGAAGUUGUUAAAGAAGUUCCCUGGUAUGGGAUCGAGCAGGAGUACACUCUUCUUCAGAAGGAAGUUAAGUGGCCGCUCGGUUGGCCCGUCAAUGGAUACCCAGGACCUCAGGGCCCAUACUACUGCGGAACAGGAGCGGACAAAGCCUGGGGUCGUGAUAUUGUAAACGCCCACUACAAAGCAUGCUUGUAUGCUGGGAUUCAGAUCAGUGGAAUCAAUGGGGAAGUGAUGCCGGGCCAGUGGGAGUACCAAGUGGGCCCAGCCGUCGGAAUCUCUGCAGGAGACCAGCUUUGGGCAUCCCGGUACAUCCUGGAGAGGAUCACGGAAAUUGCUGGGGUAGUCCUCACUCUUGACCCGAAACCCAUCGAGGGAGACUGGAACGGUGCUGGAUGUCACACCAACUACAGCACGAAAUCCAUGAGAGAAGAUGGUGGCUUCGAAAUAAUUAAGAAGGCUAUAGAGAAGCUUGGACUGCGCCACAAGGAGCACAUUGCAGCUUAUGGAGAGGGCAAUGAAAGAAGGCUGACAGGUCGCCAUGAGACAGCCUCCAUCAAUCAGUUCUCAUGGGGUGUAGCAAACCGUGGUGCUUCAGUUCGCGUUGGACGCGACACAGAGAAAGAAGGCAAAGGUUACUUCGAGGAUCGACGCCCUGCAUCGAAUAUGGAUCCGUAUGUUGUCACCGCUUUGAUUGCGCAGACAACACUCCUGUUCAAGCCAGAAGAAGCUGCAGUAAAAGCUUGAUCUCAAAAAUUUGCCCUUCUUAAUUGCUUCGCUUGAGGCGACCAGCUGAUGCUGCAAUAUGUCGUGGGGCGUGUAGUUUAUAGAUGAAACAGAAAGACUUACAGAAGACGAUCAGUGUAAAGACUAUUCAUGUCACAUUCUAUUCAAUAAUAGUACAAAUACACAGGCAGGCCAGUGUGCAAAAGUGGGCAAUAAAAUCGCCAUGCCCUGUGGCUCUGCCUGGGGCCAUUGAAUUAUAUGUGCGUUUGGUAAACUUGGGGCUUUUUAUUCAACUUUUCG